UUACGAAAAACAGGAGACUCGAGUAAUCCAUCUACUACUACUACUAAUAGUAACAAUAAUGGGAAAUCCGCUAGUAGUUCAAGGUCUUCAGGAAAGAUCUCUACGAACUCAACUGACGGUACUCAUACCCAUGCAAUCGUUGUUGUAAAUGCAACAGAACAGCAAAAAGCUCAAAAUAGCUUGGAAAAUUCUGUUCCCAUUUUACCUGCAAAUAAUCACAAGUCUCAUACAAAAGAGGAACCACCAAAGAGAGAUCCAUUAAAUCGUUUAAAAAAUACACCUAAAGAUGUUAUUCCUAUAAGUAAAGCACCACGUCGUCAAAGAUCAUCAAGGUUUCAUGUAACUGAAAAGGUCGAAUUAGAAAAGCUACCAAAUUUUAAUGAGGUUUCACCUGACAAAAGACAAGAAUUAUUUCUUAGAAAACUUAAUCAAUGUUCAGUAAUUUUUGAUUUUAAUGAUGCAAGUGCAGAUUUAAAGGGCAAAGAAAUUAAAAGAUCAACGUUGGCUGAACUUCUAGAAUACAUCACAACAAACCGAGGUGUAAUUACUGAACCAAUAUAUCCUGAAGUUGUUUCCAUGUUUGCAGUAAAUCUUUUUAGAACUAUACCUCCACAAGUAAAUCCUAUAGGUGACGCUUUUGACCCUGAAGAAGAUGAACCUGUACUUGAACUUGCAUGGCCACAUCUUCAAAUAGUUUAUGAAUUUUUUCUUAGAUUUAUCGAGUCACCUGAUUUCAACACAAAUAUUGCAAAGAAAUAUAUAGAUCCCCAAUUUAUAUUACAAUUAUUAGAAUUAUUUGACAGUGAAGAUCCAAGAGAGCGAGAUUUUUUGAAAACCACAUUGCAUCGUAUUUAUGGAAAAUUUUUAAAUUUGCGAGCAUUUAUCCGAAGAUCAAUCAAUAAUGUGUUCUUCCAGUUUAUAUAUGAAACAGAGCGUCACAAUGGUAUUGCAGAGUUGCUGGAAAUACUUGGAAGUAUCAUAAAUGGAUUUGCGUUGCCAUUAAAAGAAGAACACAAAACUUUUCUCACAAAGGGUUUAAUCCCUUUACACAAAGUAAAAUCUUUAAUAUUGUAUCAUCCACAACUUGCAUACUGUGUGGUACAAUUUUUAGAGAAAGAUCCUACAUUAACAGAAGAAGUAAUUUGUGGUUUGUUGAGAUAUUGGCCAAAGGUAAAUAGUCCAAAAGAAGUAAUGUUUUUGAAUGAAAUUGAAGAAAUAUUGGAUGUAAUAGAACCACAAGAAUUUAUAAAAAUUCAAGUACCAUUAUUUCAACAAAUUGCAAGAUGCGUCUCUAGUCCUCAUUUUCAGGUAGCAGAAAGAGCAUUAUAUUACUGGAAUAAUGAAUAUAUUGUAAAUUUGAUAGGUGAUAAUGUAAACAUUAUUUUACCUGUAAUGUUUCCAUCAUUAUAUCAAAACUCAAAAGCUCAUUGGAAUAGGACUAUACAUGGAUUGGUAUAUAAUGCACUCAAACUAUUUAUGGAAAUUAAUCCAGCUUUGUUUGAUGAAUGUACAGCACAUUAUAAACAAAGUCGUCAAUUUGAAAAGAAAAAGAUGAAAGAAAGGGAUGAAGUAUGGCAUAGGCUUGAAAGAGUAGCUGCACACAAUUCUCAAGGAUUACCAGUACCAUAUAAUAUUGGUGGUCCUUUGACAAAUUCAAAGAAUGAUUUAUCUGACUAUGCAGAUGAAAUUCAGUCUAAUGGUGAAGAUGAAUUAGUUGAGGAUGAACAAGAAGAAAAUAUCAAUGAGGAGGAUGAACAUGGGGAACUGCAAUUUUUUGAUGAUCGAACGGAUGGCUAUAAUAUUUUCCGUCGUAAAUCCAUCAUUCCAGUAGAUGAAUCUGUGUUGUCAGAACUAUCCAGGCAUAAAAGUUUGGAUGAAGUUCUUAAUGGGCCUCCAGAUGGAAACAACUCAACAAACCUUUAA